AUAAACGCACCUGCCACCCGCCACGAAAAGACUCAGCACGAGAGCCAGCUCGAGACAAGUCAAGAGCCAUCGGGCCAACAGAAAACACCGCCACUAACAGCGAGACGCAACAAGGAAGAAGAAGCUAGCGGAGGAGGAAAGAAGGCAUGGCGGCGAUGGCCAUGAGCAGCGGGAGGUGGACGCGGGUGCGGACGCUGGGCCGCGGCGCGUCGGGUGCCGAGGUCUUCCUGGCCGCCGACGAGGCGUCCGGGGAGCUCUUCGCGGUGAAGGCCGCGCCGGCGUCGGCGGGCGCGGCCGCGGAGGCGCUGCGGCGGGAGCGCGGGGUCAUGGCCGGUCUCCGCUCGCCGCACGUCGUCCCCUGCAUCGGCGGCCGCGGCGGGCGGGACGGGUCCUACGAGCUCUUCCUCGAGUUCGCGCCCGGCGGCACGCUCGCCGACGCGGCGGCGAGGGGCGGCGGGCGGCUCGCGGAGUGCGACGCCGCCGCGUACGCGGCCGACGUGGCCCGGGGCCUGGCCUACGUCCACGCCGCCGGCCUCGUGCACGGGGACGUCAAGCCGCGGAACGUCGUGAUCGGCGGCGAAGGCCGCGCCAAGCUCGCGGACUUCGGGUGCGCGCGGAGGGCCGGCGCGGCGGCGGGGCCGUUCGGCGGCACGCCGGCGUUCAUGGCGCCGGAGGUGGCGCGCGGGGAGGAGCAGGGGCCCGCCGCCGACGUCUGGGCGCUGGGGUGCACCGUCCUCGAGAUGGCCACGGGCCGCGCGCCCUGGAGCGGCGUCGUCGGCGACGUGCUCGCCGCGGUGCGCCUGAUCGGGUACACGGAAGCCGCGCCCGAGGUGCCCCGGUGGCUCUCCGCGGAGGCCAGGGACUUCGUGGCCAGGUGCCUGGCGCGGCGCCCGGGCGACCGGCCCACGGCGGCGGAGCUGCUCGAGCACUCGUUCCUCGCCUCCGCCGGCGGCCGCGAGGCCGCCAAGGGCAAGUGGGUGUCGCCCAAGAGCACGCUGGACGCCGCAUUCUGGGAAUCCGACAGCGACGACGAGGACCACGACGCGCCGUCGUCGCAGAGCACCUCGGAGAGGAUCGGGGCGCUCGCCUGCCCUGCUUCCGCACUGCCGGACUGGGAUGCCGACGAGGGCUGGAUCGAUGUGCUCUCCACAUCCGACGAGGCCCCUUGCGUCGCCGGCGGUGCCGGAAGCGAAGAAGAAGCGAGCGCGGAGGCCGAGCCCCGCGACAUUGAUGCGGACAGCGGCGCCGGCGCCCACAAUGUAGGAGAAAGUGACGCUCCAGCUGAGCACGAGAGGCAUCACCUGUGUGCGAAUUCAGGCUGUCAUGACCCAAUCCCAUGUAAAUCACUUUGCGACGCAGACAACGCAAUGGAUUUUGAUUUCGCCCAAACCUUGCUCUGUCCAUCCCCAUUCCUAAAUUCAGAAAUUCCUGUUCUUCCGAAGGCGCUCCGUUCCUCGAAGGACGUUGCGCCGCCCGCGUAG